CAGCCAGCCAUCGGGCAGAGAGUGUGUGUGUGAGUGCGUGUGUGAGAGAGAGAGAGAGAGUGAGUCGGGCGAGGCUUGGAGGAGUGGGUCGGGAGGGUUGAGUGUGUCACUGCGCUGUCUGUACGCCAAGGCUUGGAACUGUCCUCUGGAUACAUUGACUUGCUGGUAAACCCACACGUGAGUGCUGGGAACAGGGAGAAGGAAAAAAAACUCGUUCUCCAGCUGCCCACAUAUUUUGUCCAGCAUAACCGAGCCUUUUGUCAGUGCACACGCGACUUGAGACCAAAUCAGUGGUGAAGGAAACGUGAAAAGAACGUUCUUGUGGUUGUUGAGCAUCCUCGCGCUUGUGCACAUCUCACAGAAUGGCUGACCGGGAGCAGCUGAUCCAGAGAGCCCGCUUGGCAGAACAAGCGGAGCGCUACGAUGACAUGGCCUCCGCCAUGAAACUGGUGACCGAACUGAGCGAGCCGCUCUCCAACGAGGACCGCAACCUGCUGUCGGUGGCCUACAAGAACGUGGUGGGCGCCCGGCGCUCGUCCUGGCGCGUCACCUCCAGCAUCGAGCAGAAGACGGCCACCGACGGCAACGAGAAGAAGCUGGAGCUGGUGCGCGCCUACCGCGAGACCAUCGAGAAGGAGCUGGAGUCGGUGUGCCAGGACGUGCUCCACCUGCUCGACCAGUUCCUCAUCAAGAGCUGCGGCGAGGGCCAGACGGAGAGCAAGGUGUUCUACCUGAAGAUGAAGGGCGACUACUACCGCUACCUGGCCGAGGUGGCCACCGGCGAGAAGCGCUCCGGCGCCGUGGAGUCCUCCGAGGGCGCCUACAAGGAGGCGUUCGAGAUCAGCAAGGGCAUGGCGGCCACGCACCCCAUCCGCCUGGGCCUGGCGCUCAACUUCUCCGUCUUCUACUACGAGAUCCAGAACGCGCCCGAGCAGGCCUGCCAGCUGGCCAAGGAGGCGUUCGACGAGGCCAUCGGCCACCUGGACAAUCUGAACGAGGACUCCUACAAGGACUCCACGCUCAUCAUGCAGCUGCUGCGAGACAACCUGACGCUCUGGACCAGCGACCAGCAGGACAGCGAGACCGGAGACGCCCCCCCAGCCCCGGCCCCAGCCCCCGCCCCUGCCCCUGCCCCUGCCCCGGCCCCCGACCCUGCCCCCGCCCCCAACCCCGAACCCUGAGGGCCCAGAGAGCGAGAGGGCAAGAAGAAAAUAGGAAGGAAGAAAGGAAGCGGGAGAGUGAGAAAGAAAGAAAGAAAGAAAGAAAGAGAGAGAACGAGAGCGAGAACAAGUGUGAUUUUCCUUCCCUCCUUCCCUAUACGUUCAUCCUCCUACCCCACCUGAGUGUCCCUCAAUCGGCGCCUCAGUGUCCCUGUCCUUUCUCAUUGCAGUAAGCUGCAUUAGCCAACCUCCUCUUCCUCACCCCCCCUCCUCGUCACGCUCUCUUACUCCUUCCCCCACUCCUGUUACAUUUCUUCCUCCUCUGCUCCUCCUCCUCCUCCUCCUCCUCCUCCUCCCACUCUCACUCUGUUCUCGUCGUGUGAUGCUCCCCAAAACUCGAUCUCAGUGUUAUUAAUUUACGUUCUCUGCUCCUCUCUCCUCCUCCUCCUCCUCCUCCUCCUCUUUCUGCUCCGCCUGGUUUGUCUCUGAUUUUUUUUUUGGUUUUGUUUUGUUUCUUUUGCUGUCCCUCUGUCUCUCUCACCCUGAUGUACCCCCCCCCUCCAAAUCUGUGCUCUUGCUCAUUUUUAAUGGCUUCCUUCCUAGUCUGUGGUCUUUUUUCCAAAUCUCUGUGCUGUGUAGCCUCAACCCAUCCCACCCGUCCUUUCCUCUCCCUUCCCAAGUCACUGGUGAUGAGCAAGGUGCUCUCUUAACCUGGUGUUCCUGUGAAGACCCUCUCAUGUGUUGGAGCCCUCUCCUAAACAGGGUGUCUCGCAACACAUAAUACAGGCCAAGGUGUUUCCGUAGACCUAAGAUGACCAUGUGCCAAACAAAACAAAAAAAAAUCAAAUGAAAUAAAUCAAGACAACCAUCACACCAGUGUGUUAAUGUACAACCCCUACCCCCAACCCAGAAUUCCAUAUCCUCUAAUCCGAUACCCCAUGACCUUUCUAAUGUGCUGUCUGCUGUCCAUCUCCUUGACCUCUGACCUUUACACUAUGACCCCCUGUGUACACUGCUGUCCCUUGUGAAUUGUGUAAGGCACCUGUGAUUAGAGCAGCUGACCCCCUGAGUCUGAUAUUGUUAUGGGGGAGCCCUCUCCUGCUACACAGUGGUGUAAGAGCAUUUUGGUUUUUGGUUGUAUGGAUUUUGAUGUUUUUGUUUGUUUGUUUGUUUCUCUCUUUUUUGGCAUUUGUUUGUUUCUUUUUAUUAUUAAUUUAUUUGUUACUCUGAGUAAAUAUGAUACUGCGAGGUCAAUGAAAGAAUGCCAUUAAAGACAUUGCCUACCAUGGGAA